AUGAAUGAUGGAGGUAACUAUUUGUCGUACGUAGUUUGUAAGAGAGAAGAACCAAACAAACUCUGCGAUUGUAAACUUGCUGAAUUCCAACAACAAGAUUAUACCGAGGCAAUAUCACCACAGGAUCCAAGAUUAGAUAUUCAUUACUUUAAUUAUUAUUAUUCACAGAGACCACUUGAUCCUCGUUUGCCACCACCACUCAUUUCACCGUACCAAGCUGCGCUAUAUAACAAGAAGCAACAACAAUUCCAACAAUAUCAGCACCAGGAUAUCAAUGCUUAUGAGCAAGACCAACAAAAUCAGUUGCCUCUUCCUCCUCACCAACAGCAACAGCAACAACAACAACCACACUACUAUCAACCAACUCCACAACAACAACAAAGAGGUGGAGGAAUAGUAGAACGUGAUCAUCAACAACGUGAUCAACAUCCACGUGAGCAACGAGAACACCAACAACAACAACAACAACAUUCACGUGAUCAACGAGAGCACCAACAACAUCCACGUGAUCAACAACAAAGAGAACCUCAAAGAGAUCAACAUAUCCAACAACCACAACCACAUUAUCAUUCAGAUGUCCAUGAAAAAGAGAUUGCAAUCAAAAAACCUCAUCCUUCACAUGCUAUUGGACCAGCAAGCAUUCUCAGACAACAAAGUCCCGACAUUGUCUUGAAUAAUCAUAAUGGUGGUGGUUCUCAAGGUUCCAGUUCGGGAGGUUCACAAGGAGGUGACUCUGUCUCACUCGACUCUGCUGGAGGUGCCAAGCCAAAGUCUUUGGUCGAUAUGAUCCAACAGGAUUUCCCACGUACCCCUUCACCAGUCUACCAAAAGGCUGCCCUGGUCGACCCCAAGUCCCACCAACGUCGUCGUUCUCAAGCCAACCUCGACGAACCCCCCACUUCGACAUCGGCUUCUUCAUCGCCACAACAAUCCUCGUUGCUACAACAACAACAAAAAGGUUCGUUUAGUCAAAUCAACGAUCCCAUCAUCGAAAGUCAAUUGGAUUUAAAUGGUAAUACUUAUAGAGAUUAUGAAAAUGAAUAUGAACAUGAGGAUGCAAAUUAUGCUUCUUAUGGAUAUUCUAAUAAUAAUAACAUGUCGACUGGAGUAUUGGUGCCACACAUGUAUCCACCACAAAUGGUUCAACAACAAAAUGGUGGAGGUCAACAAGGUGGAGGAGUUCAGAGUCAUAUGGGAGGAGGUUAUGGUAAACAAGAUAAUAGACGUCAUCAUCAACAACAACAACAACAAUCUCAUAUGAAUAAUAAUAAUAAUAUUAAUAAUAUUAAUAAUAAUAAUAAUAAUAUGAUGACGCAUCAAAAGGUGGAGGAAUGA